GAGCAAUGGCCGCCACGCUCCACACAAUCACAGACGUUAAGUACGCGCGCCUAUGGCGACUCCGCACUCUAGCGUAGUUAGUAUACAUCUCUAUGUCUAAAGCGUACUAGUAGAUCUACAUGUUGUAGAAGAAGAAAACAAACAGAAGUGGAAAAAAUGGAAGAGAGGGAGACAGAAAACCUAUCAAGCUUGGCAUAUGUAUACAUCAUGUCAUACCAUCCUAAAAGCUUAUUUCAAAGGCUGAGGGAAAGUCUUGAGAAGAACAGACUGCGGAAUCCUUAUGAAGAGGCCGAGCAUGCAAUAGCUGGAGAAUGUCAAGAAAUGUGCCCCAAAAAGGAACAGAAAGAACGUGAAAAUCAGAGAAGGCUUCAUACAUUGGAGAUGGUUGAAGGAACCGAGAGAGAAAGAAGGCCAAAGGUUGAUUGUUCUCUUGCCAUCAAAGAAUACUCAAGACCAGCAGCAGGCAAAGAGCAGGCCAAUCCUUGUGACCUACGACCUCCAGAGGUUCUUAUGAAGGUUGUCAAUCACAUUGUACAAAACAUUCUUACCCGUACCGACCUGCCUUGGUUCAAGAUCUAUAACUUUGCCUUUGAUCGCCUCAGGGCAGUUCGGCAGGACCUUGUCAUUCAGAGAGCCACUGGUGCAGAAUGUGUUAUGAUUCUUGAACAGUGUGCAAGAUUCCACAUAUACUCUGCCUACAGGUUGUGUUCUGCGCCCUUCUCGGAGUUUGAUCCCAAAAUCAAUUCUGACCACACCAGCGAAUGCCUCAAGAGACUUCUAUUUAUCUACCAACUACAACGUCAGGAUGAAAAUAUAGAACUAGAUCAAACUAAGCGAGAUGCCCAAAUUCAAAUGGAGUCUUGUCAUGUCAUAUUCAAUUUAGGUUCAUUUGAUGCAUUGUUUCAUAUCUUGUCAUUGCCAAAAGAAAUUAGGUUCAGCCCAAGAUUAGUUAAUGCAGUCGCUCUCGCAAAAGCCUCCUUAGAAGGGAACUAUAUCCGUGUGAAAAAGUUUGCAGUUAGCUUAAGUGCAAUAGAAUUAUGCUGUCUACAUACACAUCUGCAACAUAUAAGGAGUCAAGCUUUGACAACAAUGAAUGCUGCCUUCAGCAGUCGUAACCUACUCUUCCCUAUGCAAGUUCUGACUAAUUGGCUCAUGUUUGACGAGAUGGAGGAGGCACAAGAUUUUUGUCAUCAUUAUGGUCUCACCUUGAAGGGAGGAAAAGUAGUAUUUUCCAAAAGUUGCUCCUUGCAAGACUACAAACUCCCUCCAAAACGCUCCUGGUGCACUUACAUCGACUGCCAGCUUGAAGUCCUAACCAUCCCAGAUAUUAUUCAAGGAGCAGUGAGGUAACAUUAAUGAUGCAUCUGAUUGUCAAAGUACACUAAUGUCAAAGGAUCAUCUCAACAUCAUAGUAAUUGUUCUUAUGUCAUACAGUAUCCAUGCAGUUCAGAGAAUACAAAUCUAUACAGUACUUCAAACUUGUUUACCCAGUGACAGUUCAUUUGUCUACUGUCCAUAUGAAAAUAUUAGGGAACUUGAGAAUAUACUGCAGUGAUGGAGAUUUCAUGAACAGUAGGGGGAGGACAGAAACUUAUCAAGACAUUGUGAAUUCUUCCUGCAUCGAAAUCUACCAAGUGACCUCACUGCAAAUAAAUUCUUAUUGAUUUCAGGCGAUGAUCAAUGGGUACUUGUCAUAAAUGAAUGUCGUCGUUAAAAUGGAAAAUAAGUACAUUUGCCCGUCCAGCAUUGAAGAUCUGCAAAAGUUUGUUUCUUAGACGGGUGGGCAAAUACAAAUCUAUAAAAUAUCGAGGUGGGGGGAUGACCCCCUGAUUACCGCCUUUACUAUAGAGUCUAGCGAGGUAGCUGUAAUCACUUUAGACAGUUUAUAGAUAGCAAGGGAAUGUUCCAUUUUUAUCACCUUCAGAUUUUUUUUAUCGAAGACCUGUUCUGAUGUAUUGCAAGCAAUCAUGUUUUCUGAAGAAAAAACACUACUUAAAUGAAAUUUUGAUGAUUAAUUAAUAUUUAUAUCAUGUCUUGGUUUUAAGUGCCAGUAACUGGUUCAAUGAUCAUCAUUGACAGUUUAUUUAGAUGCGAUGGUCAACCAGAGUAAUUAAUUUUCAGUUCAUAAACAUUCAAGAAAAAACAAGCAGCAAUUUUUUUAUAUACAAAUACUUGUAAUCAAUCAAGCAGGUAAUACAUUUAUUUUGAGGUAUUAGAAAGUUAAGUACAAUAUAAUGAUUCAGUUAUGUACAAAUUUCCAAAUCAGUAACUUUUGCUUUUGAAUAUUAUAGUACAAUGGCCUCUCUAAUGAUAAAUUGUACACAUGUGAUCUAAUCAAGAGAGGCAAUCACAAAUAUGAUGUAUAAACAUAAAGAUGAAAUCAUUUUCAAAACAGUAAAUUUCUGUUUCUUUGGGUUUUUUUUUUCAACAUAGGAAGGUCAUAAUUACAAUAUGCCUUUGAGAUCAAGACAUUUUUUUUUUGUAGAUUGUUCUUUAGGCCUGAUGUUGCCAUCAUAAAAUGAUGAAAGGUGGCCCAUGACUGCCACAUAAUAAACCAUAAUUAAAUAAUGUGACAAUAGUAAUUACUGGUAGAUGGAAUGGGCAGUCAACCCAAACCAAAUAUAACCAGGGGCAGAAGCCACUUGCUCCUGGGGCUGAAACAGGGUUUCCCUCUUCACAGCCCGUAUGGAUGCAAGCUUGGGUUGUCAUCCCCAAAGGGAGCCUGGUCAGCUAGGAGCCUAGCUAGACAAGCUAGUAACCUUGACUUCUAACCUCCCCUCCCAAAAGUUUGCUGCAUAAACCAGAUUAAAUACGAUAUUUAGUUCUCCAAAGUUUUUUAAACAGACAUCCAUAAAAUGUCGUGUUAUAAGAUUAUUUGAAAAUAGAACUUUUCUGUGCAAUUACCAAAAGAAAUGAGAACACAAGGCAACAUAUUUUGCUUAAACAUUUGUGUGUCAAAUGCUAUUAUUAAAUUAUUCUAAUUCCUAUUCAAGUAUUGUGACACUUUUUGUAAGUAUUUUGUAUAAAGUUUGUUUAAAAUUGCAAAGAGCAAAGAUAUGUUAAUUGUAUGCCCGUACCCUUUGAUUUUAGAAAUGUGAAAUCACUUCUCUACAUAUCACCUGAAAAUGCGCAAUUCAAUUCAAUUCAGUUCAUCUGUUUGUCCAAGCUCCUGCACAAGUUUAUUAGAAUAUCAAUAUCUUACAAGUUGUAUUAUAAGUAAAAUAAAAUGCUAUACAUUUAAAAUCUA